GAGAAGAAAUCAAAAGAAAACAACCGGGGAGCAGCAAACACACGCGAGACGCGACCAAGGGCGGGGCUUUGAUCUGGACUCGCACCCAACCCAGACCCCAACCCCAGAGAGAAGAGAAGAAGAAGAGAAGAACCCUGCACCUUUCCACCUUCCCUCUCUUCCUCCCUCCUUCCCACCACCCCCUGCCGUGCGCGAGGUGGAGGAAGGCGAGGAGAUCCGUUGCUUCCAGUGGCUGCCUCCCGUCCCGUGCUUUCCUCGCCAUCCUCCGGAAAGCAACGCCCGAUCGGAUUCACAGCCUCCGGCAAAGAGAUUUGAAGACAAACUGAUCUCCUGAGGGUAAACUCCGGUUUGAACAAGCCAUGGGGUCCGGGGACUGGUUCAAGACCAUCAUCAGCAAGAAGAAGUCGAAACGGGGCAAGUCAAAGCACGCAAAGCUUGCUGCUCAAACCAAUCGAGCUAACCUACCACAGCAAAAGCCCAAUGGUCCUUCUUCUAGCAGCGACCCAGAAGACAAUGCAGCACUGGAAGAAUGGGCAGCUACUCGGAUUCAGAAUGCGUUUCGGCGCUACAAGGCAAGAAGAAAGCUCCGUUGUCUGAAGGGACUUAAAAGACUGCGCAUUGUUGGGCAGAGCAAUCCAGUUACCAAGCAGACUAGUGCCACAUUGAGCUACAUACAGUCAUGGAACAAGUUACAAGCUGAGAUAAGGAACCGGCGUGCUUUUAUGGUAACUGAAGGGCGCAAUAGGAAGAAGAAGCAAGAGAAUCAAGUAAAACUUGAUGCAAAACUCCAAAAUUUGCAGGUUGAGUGGAAUGGAGGCUCGAAUACUAUGGAUGAAAUACUUGCUAGGAUACAUCUAAGGGAAGAGGCAGCAGUAAAGCGCGAGCGAGCAAUGGCAUACGCGUUUAACCAUCAGUGGAGGGCAAGAUCUGCCACAAGCCAAGGGAACUUCAACUAUGAAGUCGGGAAUGCCGGAUGGGGCUGGAGCUGGAUGGACCGCUGGAUCGCCGCACGGCCAUGGGAGCCCCGGUCUAUGGUCCACCCGGAGAACCCAAAGAAAGGGCAGGCAAAGAAAGACAGCGUGAGCACAAACCAGUCGGCUCUGAAGCUGCAAGGCGCGAUCACCCUAAGCAACACCAAUGACCGGAAAGUUCCCAAGAAGAAGCAAUCUCCCUCUCCUGAUAAUAAGAAGCCAUCUCCCUCUCCUGACAAGAAGAAGCCAUCUCCCUCUCCUGACAAGAAGCCAUCUCCCUCUCCUGGCAAGAAACCAACAGCGAAGGUGGCCGGCCCUCCCAAGGCAAAGUCGAGGGACAUGAAAGGGAGCCAGGAGAAGCAGCGGCGGCAGCAACAGCAACAACCAGAGGUUCCUCCGAUCAGUGCCUGAAAACCCGCAGCGAAGAAACUGUUCUGCGCAUUGUAUGAUACAACCUGUGAAGUUCUCUUCUUAUGUUUACACUCUUUUGUCGUUUGAAUUUUUUUUACCUUGUUGUUUACUGGAGGAAGAAAGAAGUGACCAAUGUAGAAUGUA